AUGGAUCCUACAAAGAUAAAGAUCAUUAUCAGUUGGACUACAACACAGUCAUUCACUGAGCUAAGACCAUUUUUUGGGAUAGUAUCAUUCUACCGGAGAUUAAUUAGGAACUUACGCACCAUCACCUCCACUUUAACUGAACUUUUAAAAGUGAAGGAGUUUGCUUGGACGGCAGCAGCACAUGACAGCUUUGACACACUGAGUUGGGCUCCCGAGCUAGCAUUACCAGACUUCAACCAACUUUUCGAGGUUGAAUGUGAUGCCUUCAGGGUAGGAAUAGGAGCAAUAUUGAACCAGAGACGACAUCCCAUCGCCUUCUUCAAUGAAAAGUUGAAUGAGUCUAGAAGGAAAUACUUGACUUAUGACAAAGAAUUCUACGCCAUCGGAGCACUGCGGUCAUUACCUAUUAAAGAACGAGUUCACACUAUUUACAGAUCAUGA